GCUGCUUUCACUUCCAUCCACUUCACGAGUGGACGCGUCUGAGCGCAGUUGGUCGCUGUGACAAGAUCUCUAAACUUCAGCUGCUCAUCACAUGUGCAAGAUGAGAAGACACUUACUUGGAAUACUUGUACUUUUGAAAUACUGCAUUUGCGGUGAUGUGAAGGACUUUGAUGGAGACAUCAAGGACUUCGUAGUUGGUAACAGUAAGUUAUUUGUUCUUACUGACCAUCGACUACAUCAGAUGAGACACGAUCUACAUGAGGAGAAGAGGAAAGACAUCACUAAUGCCACUGACCAUAACAGAGUUAACAUUCUGGUGGCUUUUGAUGUGAACGGCACCCUGAUAACAUGUGGGACUUUUGAAGAUGGAUAUUGUGAAGUUCUUGAUAUAAAUGACAUUACUGACAGUAUUCAUUAUGAAAGUAAUAUAUUGGUAGGACCGCGACAGAACGAGAAAUCUGUUGCCUUCAUAAGUGGUUGGUACCUUUUGGUUGGGAAAAAGGAUGACGAUGCAAAAGCUCAAGAUACCAUAUAUUCUGUUGUUAGCUUGCGGAGCACUUUAGAGUCUCAAAAAGGUGGGAUUUUCUCAAAAACAGCGGAACUAUCAGAUGCCGUCAUUCAGAGCACAGUGAGAGAUGUGGAGUUUGUUGAUGGAUUCCAGAGAGUUUCGCCCUCAGAAUCCUAUUUAUUUCUCAAUGCAAAGACUGACAGUGAGAGGAAAGUGCUCGUCCUGUGGAUGAACAGCUCUAAAGGGAAAAAGAUAGACAUAAUCAAAUCCCUACAGGCUGCAACGAUACGAUGCUGCAGUGAUAAAGUUCGUCCAGUGCUCGUCGCCUGCACCGUUAUUCCCUCAGUGAACCGUGUUAUUUGGGCAGGUGUGUUCAGUGCGCAGAAUCAGCAGGAUCCGGAGAACAGCGCGCUGGCUCUGUACGACAUCAGUAACCUUCAAGGCCGAGUGAAGGGCUUCUGCGCUUACGGUGAAAAAUGUGAUUCUGAGACUGAUACUGAACUUCAGCCGCUCUCUGUGGUGUUCAAGUACAGCUCAAUGUCAGCAGUGGCAGCAGUUAGAAAUGGAUCCUGGAUUGUGCUGUUCAUAGGAACCAGUGAUGGCCAACUCAUAAAGCUUGUAUUGGAUGAGAAAUAUAAACCAGGCUGUCCAAUAGUGCUGUACAAAUCUGAUGAUGAACGAGCAGUGCUUCCCAGAAUGCACUUUGAUCCAGUAGAUUUCAAACACAUCUACAUCGCUCUGAAGAAACAGUUAAGAAGAGAAUCUGUGAGUUCAUGUGCUAAAUAUAGGACUUUCAAAGACUGCAGAGCUGCUCUGGAUCCUUUCUGCGGCUGGUGUGUGAACAGUCACAGAUGUUCUACUCAAGAUGAAUGCUCAAAUACUUCAUGGGUGUCCAUCCCAAAAAACUCUCUUCAGACACAGCUGUUUUCUUUUCAGAUGGCAGAGAAUUCUUCUAGAAAGAUUAAUCUACAUCUUAUUUUGAGUCUGGAGAGCACAGGAAAUCCUGCCUUCUCAUGCACCUUCACAAAAGAAAGUGUAAACCUGUGUGACGUGUCUGAUCCGCCUGCAGUUUUCCCAAACUGCUCCUGUAGUUUUUCUGACCAGAUGCUCUAUACUAGAGGUUUAAAAGUCUCUGCUACUGUUAAUAUUGAGGAUCAGAAGAUCACAGAGAUGCUGACACUGAGGAACUGCUCCAGUAUCACAGAUAAUUCACCAAAUGCUUCUUAUACACAGUGUGUUCAGUGUAUCUCAUCUGGGUGUCACUGGUCCUCAUCCUCCAAGCGUUGUGAAUGGGCACAUGGACCUGGACCACAGUUAAACAUACAGGAUGCAUGUAAACAUCUACUCUCUGAGAUGGUCUACAAUAAGCCAGAGAUUCUGUCACUGGAGCCGAACAAGGCUUCUUUCCAUGGCAGAAACAACGUGUCUUUAAGAGGAAGGAACCUGGAAGCUGUUACUAAAAUCCGUAUUCAAGGGGAUCUGGACUGCAUUCCUAAAGAAUCUCCAGUGUUCGAUCGCUCCAGUGACACUUUAAGGUUCCACAUUCCUCCCAGUGGAACUAAAGGAACAGUGAAAGUGUGUGUUGUUACUCCUGACGACCGUUGUCAUGGUAACAGCAUCAUCACUUACAGUUCUCAGCCCAGCUGCACUGGAAUACAGCCCACAGUCAGCUGGUGGAGUGGUGGAAGGAAGAUUCAUGUUCAGGGCAGCAAUAUGGAAUUAGUGGAGUCAGUUACUGUCCUUCCCUCUAAUAAAGUGCUGAAAACACAGUACAACACAAGCUCAGGGGACAUGUGGUUUCACUCCCACCCUUAUGAUGGCGGUGGUCAGUUUAACUUCUCGUUGAAUGUUGGGAACUCCAAUGUGAACUGUGUGGAUUAUUUCUCCUAUAAGCCUGAUCCAGAAUUCACUGGAUUCACCACCUUACAGGUGGCCAACGAUCUACAGGUGAACAUUAAGAAAAUGAACGAUAAUUUGAAUUUGAAUAUCAGUGAGGUGACUGUGAAGGGUGUACAGGGAGAUCAGCAGUAUCGGUGUGUUUUGGAGAAGAUUGAGUCCAAUGCCGUCAUCUGUAAGAUUAAAGGAGAACCAGGAGCCGUCCCAGCAGUGGACUUACUUAUUAUAAAUGUUGGGAAUUUUUCUAAAAACCUUGAGUCUCAAAGUGGUUUAAUAUUUUUACCCAUCCUUGCCGCAUUGAUUCUGCUCAUAAUUCUGGGUGCUGUUGUUGGAUUCAUUGUUCACCGUAAGAGCCAGAGACAAAUGAAUGAGAGAAUGAACAAGCAACUAGAAACGCUGGAAAGCAACAUCAGAAGGGACAUACGACAAGGCUUUGUUGACUUGCAAACAGAAAAAUCGGAUUUAAUCGAUAAUGUUGGAGCCAUACCCUUCCUGGAUUACAAGCACUUUGCCUCAAAAAUCUUCUUUCCUGAGGCUGGUCCUCUGGCAGCAGUCAUGAUCAGAGACAUUGGGCAGGACUCUGAGCAGACAACUUUAGAUGAGAAAUGUCAGGCCUUUGCUGCGCUGAUCAGAGAUAAGCAGUUUCUCAGUUGUUUCGUGCAUGCAUUAGAGGAACAGAAAAACUUCAGCAUAAAAGACAAAUGUACAGUGGCAUCUCUGUUGACUCUGGCCCUCCAUGGAGACCUGCUUUAUCUCACAGAGGUCAUGGAGGACCUUCUGCAGAGUCUGAUGGACCAGUCCAGCAAUGCAAAUCCCAAACUUCUCCUGCGCCGCACAGAGUCCAUAGUGGAGAAGCUUCUUACCAACUGGAUGUCCAUCUGUCUGUACGGCUUCCUCAGGGAAUCAGUAGGACAGCCUCUCUUCCUGUUGGUGUCAGCUUUGACUCAGCAAAUCUCGAAAGGGCCGGUGGAUUCGGUGACUGAGAAAGCUCUGUACACUCUUAGCGAGGACUGGCUUCUCUGCCAAGCGCAGGACUUUGAGGCCUUGAAACUGAAGGUGGUGUUUGCUGUGGGGACUGGAGGAGAGGUCAGUGAACCCUUAGAGGUCAACGCACUGACCUGUGACACAAUACAACAGGUCAAGGAGAAAAUCUUGCAGACCUUCCAGCGCAAGUUUGGUUUCCUCUUCCAGCAGAUCAGGGAUAUAGAAAUUGAAUAUGAAAAGGAAGGGAAGUUUGUCAUGCUGCAGGAAGUCGAUGAGUCCUCAGAGAUUCGGGGGCAUGUUACCAUGUUGAACACUCUAAAACAUUAUCAGGUUGGAGAUGGAUCAUGCAUUAAAGUUAUCACAACAAAAGUACAUGCACCAUUGAGGUCUCAGAGCAGUGUAAAGGAUUAUGAGAACUUCGCUGUCAAGUACUUCCAUCUGGUCGAUCCAGAUAUCGACACAGACCUGAGCAAACAUCCAGAGAAAAAAGCACUAAAAUUCAAAGAGAUGUACCUCACCAAGCUGCUCUCCACUAAGGUGAGAAUAAUUGACACACAGAAGCAUUUUAUUAUAUACUGUAUAUUGUAUAGACAGAUGUUUGCUAAGAACCUCUCCCCAGAUAAGAUUAAUCUGAGCACUCUGAAAGGGGAGGGCCAGCUUACCAACCUGGAGCUAGAUGAGGAGGUUUUGCAGAACAUGUUGGAUCUGCCCACAUGGCUCGCCAUUAAUAAAGUCUUCUGCAACAAGGCCACCAUCCGGGUAAGAGACGCCCCUGCUUCUUGA